AUAAUAAUAAUAAUAAAAUUCACAGCCUUCUCUCUCUCUCUCUCUCUCGCUCGCUGCUCUCGCUCUCGCUGGGUCACAGAGAAGAGUUGUGCUUUUUGUUGCAGUAAUCGUAGGCCAUGAUGACGCUUCAAGCUCAAGCUUCCUCUUCCUUCACCAUUGGCAUUUCGUCAUUCACGUCCCCUCUCGGGCGCUCCCGUCACCGUUUUGUCGUUCGAGCCCAAGUGGAACCUUCGGAGAAGUCGGUGGAGAUAAUGAGGAAGUUCUCCGAGCAGUAUGCGCGGAAGUCGGGGACGUACUUCUGUGUCGACAAGGGAGUGACUUCUGUUGUUAUCAAGGGCUUGGCUGACCACAAAGAUUCGUUGGGUGCACCACUUUGCCCUUGUCGGCAUUAUGAUGACAAACCUGCUGAGGCUGGGCAGGGUUUCUGGAAUUGUCCAUGCGUUCCUAUGAGAGAAAGGAAGGAGUGCCACUGCAUGCUCUUUCUCACUCCCGACAAUGAUUUUGCUGGCAAGGAG